UUGAACCAAGGGAAAUUCAAAUGAACGAGUCAAAGUUAGAACAAUUAGAGGAUAAGAAAAAUGAUAAAGUACAUUUACAAUCCAAUGAAAGUGUAAUAAACAAUCUAAAGGAAGAAUCAUUGUCAAAGAAUAUUUCAAAAGAUUUAUCGAAUUCAAUCGAUCAAGCUAAAUGUUCGAUUAAUACGUUGAAUCAGAGGAAAACACAAUAUAACUUUAAAGACUCGGAUAAUGUUAAUAAGAUCGGACAGAGUACGACAUCGUAUUUUCGUUCUAAACGAAUUGAUAUCAACAGGACGUCCGUUGAUUAUUCAAAGAGUAAUUCAAACGAUAAAAAUCUAAAGGAUAAUCCAACAGCAAUGUCGAAGUUUAGAUCGGGCACAAAGAUACCUAGAUACAGUAUGUACGAAUCGAGGAAAGAACAGCAAGUAAGGGCUUCCUCGCCUUGCGGAAUAACGUUCGUUAAAGCACGAAAUAAUUCAACGAAGCAAAGAUGGUCCGGUUUCAAUCGAGCUGCCGUUACCAGAUGUUAUACCGGUGGAAGUUCUGGAUGUCACAGCUCAAGAUCUCAAGGAUCUACGCAUCCUUACCCACCUACCUUGCAGACUCGCGAGGUUUCCUCUAAGUGUUACACCAGAGAGAAAGAUCCAAUCGUCAGAUCGAAUAUCAUCGGCUUGUCCUCUAAGAUACUGAGAACGAGAAACUCUGUUACUGAUGCUUUUAUAACUACUAUUAACAUCAACAAUUCAAAACCAUAUACAAAUAUUAAUUCAACGAAUAAGAUUUUCUCAGGAUCGAAAUCAUCGACAGGCAUUCCGAAGACUUCACAAACGUUCGCUUAUGGAUGUUGCAAAAAACCUAAAAAAUGUUGCAAGAAAAAACGUAAAGAAACUUGCGACGAGGCGAUGAUACCGGGGAAAGUGAUUUGUACGAAACCAAAGAAGAGAGAUUGUUGUCCAAAACCGAAAUGUUCCAAACCCAAAAAGAAACCGGAUUGUAAGGAAUUACCACCACUACGUGCAUCCUGCAAUAAAGCUAAAACUAAAAAGAAGAAAAUUUGUAAACGUUAUUGUUGCCCCUCGUUAAAAGAUAGCGAUUGUUUUAAAACGAGAGGUACAUGUCCAGGAAAGAAAUGCAAUGCCGAAAGAGAAAUAAAAGAUGAAUUUAAUGAAGAAACGGAUGACCCUUCUUGCUUGCCACACAAAGAAGAAGUAUCGUAUCAAAGGAAAAAUGAUUGCGAUAAUGAUAAGAACGAAAGGGAUUGUAACUCGGGUCGUAAUAUGUGUACCAGCCCAAAAAAAUGUAUUAGAAGUUUUGAUUGCAUAGAAAAGGAAGAGAGCUGUUUAGAUGUAAUUAAAAAUCAACAAGAGCUUUGUAAUAAGCCUAAGAAGAAAGAUUGUUGUAAACGUAACUCUAGGAGAUCGAAAAGUUGUGGUAACAGACGUUAUCACUCUGGAACGAAAUCUCGUAAGAUAAAAUCUUACGUGACCAUUCCAAUGUUUGAUGUCAGUGUGGUCGCAUUAAGACCAUAUCAAAACGAUGCCGUACUACGGUUCUAUAGCAGUUGUAAAAAUGAUUGGAAGCCACCAACGAUAUGUAAGAAGGAUCAAAACGAAGAUUCCUGCAAGUGUAAAAAACCAGAUCCCCCCAAUUGUUUAAAUGUCAAGAAAUGUGAAGAUUCCACACCGAUAGAAACUACGUGUAUGACAAAGAAGGAUCCUUGUGAUGAUAAACCAAAGGAGGAUCCUUGUGCCGUUACAAAAACCAAUGAUAUAUGUUGCAAAUCAAAAACUGAUGUAUCAUCGUGCAAAGAUCAAAAAGAAGUUCAUCAAGCCAGGUGGGACAGGGAAUUGCGGGAAAUUGAAAAAUGCAAGAACAUUGGUAAAGAAUCAUGUAAGAAGAAGUGCAACAAUUUGGAUAACGUUAUCAGUUCCUGUCAGAAACAUAAAUGCAAUAAGUUCGAAUCGAUCGAUUUAUCCAAUGGUUAUGAUCAUCGAUCUUCCUCCUUUCAACUCAACAAUUCGUUUCUACCAUUUUGCAUCGGAUCAACUGACUCGUCUCUGUUGAACUUCGGAAUGAAAUCUAAUAAUAUUAUACCUAAUCGAUCGUUCUCUAUGACAAAAAUUAUGAAGGAUAUUUACAGAGAGGAGUUGCCGAUUCUCAUUGAAACUGAAUUACCUGAAAAGGAAUGGGCCGACGAGGAGUCCUCUUCCGAAUAAUAAUAAUUUCUUACGAUUAUUUGCUGCCAUUUGUUAAUGAA